UAAACCGCAUUGCGCGCCACCCCUACACCGCUCAAAGCCAAACGGGAAAUUCGACGAAAGUUUCGCGAUUUGUACAAUUAGCGUUAAAACAUUUAAACAUUAAAUUUUAUCCCACCCUCCCCCCCUCUCUCUCUAAACCGUACUACCUGAAGGUGUUUUGCAAACCGGUGAAGAGAAUCGUGUACGUUGUGCCCCCCCCAGUAUGUGUUAGGCUCCUCGUCUUGCGAGUCACUGGCGGUGAAUGAAUUGUCGAGUUUGGAAGAUUUAAAGAAGCGGGCUUUUACAAUGGGCGACGCAAAUGAAGAGGACACGUUUAAAAUAUUGAUUGCCACCGACAUCCACCUGGGAUACAUGGAGAAGGAUGCAGUGCGUGGCAAUGACACGUUUGUGACGUUCGACGAAAUCAUGGAGAUCGCGCGCUCAAAGGACGUGGACUUCGUGCUGCUCGGCGGAGACCUGUUCCACGAGAACAAGCCAUCCCGCCGGGCGAUGCACGCCUGCAUGGAGACGCUGCGCAAGUACUGCAUGGGCGACCGCCCCGUCACCUUCGAAGUGCUGAGCGACCAAGCGGUGAACUUCGGUGGGAGCAAGUUCCCUUGGGUCAACUAUGCGGAUCCAAACCUGAACAUCUCCAUCCCUGUGUUCAGUGUUCAUGGGAAUCAUGAUGACCCUACAGGGGCGGAAGGGCUGUGUGCGUUGGACCUACUCAGCUGUUCCGGACUCAUCAACCACUUUGGCCGGGCGACGUCCUUAGAGAAGAUUGAGAUCAGCCCCAUCUUGCUGCAGAAAGGCUCCACCAAACUGGCUCUCUUUGGAUUGGGUUCCAUUCGUGAUGAGCGGCUCCACCGCAUGUUCGUCAAGGGCGACGUGCUGAUGCUGCGGCCCAAGGAAGACAAGGAUGAGUGGUUCAACCUUUUCGUCAUUCACCAGAACAGGUCCAAGCACAGCGCCACCAACUACAUUCCGGAGCACUUCCUCUAUAGCUUCCUGGACCUGGUGGUGUGGGGCCACGAGCACGAGUGCCUCAUCAAGCCCGUGCGCAACGAGCAGCGCUUGUUCUACGUCACGCAACCCGGCAGCAGCGUCGCGACCUCCCUCUCUCCCGGCGAAGCAGUUGCCAAGCACGUGGGCAUCCUUCACGUGCACGGGAAGCGCAUGAACCUUCAAAAGAUCCCGCUGCAGACCGUUCGGCAGUUUUACAUUCAGGAUGUGGUUCUGCAGGACACAACCAUCAACCCUUCUCACCCCAAGGUCACUCAGAUGAUUGAAAACUACUGUUCUGAGAAGGUGGAAGACAUGCUUGAGCAAGCCGCAGCUGAGCGAUCGGGACACAGCAAGCAGCCGGACCGGCCUCUGAUACGUCUGAGGAUUGACUACAGCGGAGGCUUUGAGCCGUUCAACACUCUGCGCUUUAGCCAGAAGUUUGUGGAACAUGUUGGGAACCCGAAGGACAUCAUUCACUUCUUCAGGCAGAGGGAGAUGAAGGCCAGAACAGGGGACGAGAUUGAUUUCGGCCAGGCAUUCUCACACGCGGCCCACGGAGAGAACACACUGCGGGUGGAAGACUUGGUUAAAGAGUAUUUUAAAUCCGCCGAAAAGAACGUGCAGCUGGCGCUGUUGACGGAACGAGGAAUGGGUGCGGCGGUGCAAGAGUUUGUUGACAAGGAAGAAAAGGAGGCGAUCUCGGAGCUGGUCAAAGUGCAGCUCGCGAAGACGCAGGAACAUCUGAAGAAAACGGAGGUGUCGUCAGUCGAUACCAUUGGUGAAGAGGUGCGUCAGUUCCGUGAGUCCUGCAAGAAAAACAUGCAGGAGGACGAGGACAUCAAAGAGGCGGUGAGCCGCUCCCGAGCAAUCAGACCCACUGGGGAGUCGAGCGAUCGCGACGAUGACGACCAAGACGACGAGGAGAGGGCGGACGAGGUCCAUACUUCUACGAGCAGGGGUCAAGGCAAGGGCAGCAGAGGUCGGGCCAGAGGUCAGGGGUCAGCGGUCACAAGGGGCAAGACGACGAGAGGAGGUCGGGGUCUGGCCGUGUACCUUUGCAGGUUGUUUAUUUCCCACUUUCCGUACACGGGACGCAUUAGUGGGAUCUACUACGGAUGA